AUAGUCAAAGUUUGGGUUUUUUUUUUAUUUUACUUUUCAUGUUCUCAGGUAUACAAUUAAACUGGCAAUUGAUUUUGUUGUUAUUUGGUUUUUUUUCUUCCUUGUCUCACACAUGGCAUAUAUGUUUUGUUUUUGUUCGAAUAUAUUUUUUUUAGAUACAGAUAUGAUAAUUGAAUGGAAACCUAUCCUAACAUUGAUGCUGUAUGCCAUUACAUGUUUUUUUUCCCAGAAAUUCACUAAUGAGGACCACCUGGCUGUUCACAUGAGAAAACACGAGAUGUCUCUAGCCUUAAACAUGGGGACUGGCCUUACCCCAGGGACAGGAAAAUCACCCAUAUCUGCUCUCAUGCCAGGGUUGUUCUUGGAUCAGACUCCUACACCCACAAAAUUUCUCAAGAACUGUGAAGAGAUUGGAUUGUUUAAUGAACUGAAGAAUCCAUUUGAGGAGGCCUUUAAGAAGGCCAUGGAUACAGAUUCUCAAACCGACAUGCAGACCUCUAUUGCUGCGGCUCUUCCUGGCCCCGAGUCCAAUGAACUCAACACGCCUGUACCUCCCAUCCCCCGCACAGUGGAGGAUCUAGCAAGCGAUAAAAGUCAAUCCUGCGAAUCAUCUACAAAAACAGAUCUGUCCUCUCUAGUGUUAAACCGUCUGAAGAGAGAGAAAGUGUCGCCAGGUCCGUCGUCUACCACAGACGAUGUGGUGAUAAUAUCAUCAAGCCCAUCAAAAGAGAAAAUCAGCAAGCUGGUAACCAGUGUAUUAAACAUUCCUAGUCAGAUGGAGGCCCAGAGCUCGGCUCCUUCCAGUAGGAAUGUUACGCUGGUGACAGCAGCCCAGUCCACCACAGUGUCACCUCCGCGAUCUUCUGAGGUCCAAGCACCCUCCAUAACGACCCAGCCCCAAUACUCCAUGCAGGUGUUCCUGCAGCUCCCGAAUGGCCAGACUGUACCCGUACAGAUACCUGCCAACACCACCGGCGGUCUACAGGUCGUACAGCCUAGUUUGAUGACCAGCAGGACAGAGCAGCCAGUUGUGAACACAGCUACCCCAUCACAGGCUCUCAUACUGCCCGCUCAGUCACCAGCACCUGUACAAUCUCAGAGUAACAUUACCAAACAGAAAUUAAAAGCAGCUAUCCAGUCACAGACUAUUCCCUCACCAAUCUCCAAACAAGCUCCACAGACACAAAUAUCUCCAGGCUAUACCACGAUUCAGAUAUCUCCAGGGAUUAACCCAUCAGUUCCACCAUCCAGCUUACAGAUCUCACCUGAUGCAACGUCAUACGUACCCGGAAUUCCAAAUCUCUCCAGCGUCAAUGCUUUGUCACCAGAUUCUUUGGACAGCAUCAAAUCAGAGAUGCCAUCUCCCGAGGCGGCUGACUCCACUGUCAACUUUAAGCGACUAAGAUCAGAUGAUGAAGGGGAUGACAGGAGAAAGAAGUUCUUGGAGAGAAAUCGUGCAGCAGCGGCUCGGUGUCGACAAAAGAGGAAAAACUGGAUCACCAAUCUGGAGAAGAAGGGCGAGGAUCUUCAGAAUACAAAUGGCAAGCUACAGAGUGAGGUUAACGUGUUGCGUGCAGAAGUAGCACAACUAAAAACCCUACUGUUAGCACACAAGGACUGUCCCGUAACAUUGCAGCAACGAUCCCAGGGACAAAUCCCAUUAUCAUUAUCUACCUGUAUUGCAGACCAAGCAGUAAGUGUAAAUCAAGGAACCACAUCAGCUCCACAGGUGACAGACCUGACAGGGGCCACAACCUCUGCCCCCAAGGAACUAAUAGAGUCCCUAACCACUGCGGGACUUAUUCCCGGGGCGAUAGUUAAGACACUGGACACUGGUCUAAUCACCACUCAGAUAGUCAGCCAACCAGCCCCCGUGUCACAACCCACCACAAUUACCCUAAACCAUCCGGCUCUAACCGGAAACAACCAGAAAAUCUAUACCAUCAUUCCCAAAGUCAUCAAAACGGAAUCACCACAACUGAAAAAAUAACCCUGGGACAUCAGUAGUUUUUUUUCUACUGAUGGAAAUGACAAUAGAUAGAUUCUUCACCUCAGUAACCAAUCAUUGAUGGAAAUGACAAUAGAUAGAUUCACCUCAGUAACCAAUCAUUGAUGGAAAUGACAAUAGAUAGAUUCUUUCACCUCAGUAACCAAUCAUUGAUGAGUGAAUGGAGAAGAGAAUCAUGGACAACUCAUUUUACCGUACUAAAAUCAUACAGUCGGAGGUUGGCCUAAAGAUUUUUUUGUCCGUAUUAGGUAGCAUGUGUAGUGGUUUGAAAGGUGGGGAAAAAAUCACUUUCAUUUUCAUGUGUGAUGCAUUAUGGUAUAUUGUACUAUUUUUUUUUUCUACAUCAAUUUUAUUGAAGUUUUAUAUUGGCUCUGUUAUACUCUUUUUAAACAUUAACAUGAUACAUGUUAUUAUAUUGAUCAUAAUAUGCAUUCUGCGCUGGAGCAUUACUAAUUUUGUGCAAUGUAUAUGGUUGAAUUAUCUACACGUAGCAUCUAGAUUUACCAUGUGGAGUGUUUGUGUUGUUAUGUUUUAAUAUCUUGCAAAUCCAUUUCCCAAUUAUUAAUGUUUCAUCCUCUGAAUGGAAAGUGUAUCUGUACAUUAUACCAUACUUACAUAUCCCGGUCUCUCCAUUGCAUGGAAACAAUAGUCACUAAUAUACUGUAUAUAACAGCUACCUGUGGAUUAGCUACCUGUGGUUCAGCGUGAAGAACAUUACAUGUAAAGUGUUUGUUACAUGUUUAUAUAUAUAUUUAUAUAUACAGUGAAACUUGUCUAAUCUGACAUUCACUGGGAGACAAUUGUUUCACAUGAAUACAGUGUGUUGGAGUUAAUAGUGUAAAAGACAAGGAAUGUAUGAAAUUGAGAAUGAAAAUAAGAGCCAGAAUGCCCAGUGAAACGGAUUUCACAGGUGUCGGAUCAGGCAGUUUUCACUGUAUACACAGGUGUCGGAUCAGGCAGUUUUCACUGUAUACACAGGUGUCGGAUCAGGCAGUUUUCACUGUAUCAUGUGGUAUCAUUAUUAUCAGAUUUCAUAACCAAGCUUAAUUGCAGAGUUUGAAUUCUACAAUGUUUAUGUUUAAUAGAAUACGGUAUUUGUUUAUGAUGUACUGUGUUGAUUUGUUCCCCGUUUGUGUGUACCGGCUUACAUCUAACCUGUUUUAUUAAUAGCAUUUGCCAUGAGUUCUGCUGAUUUAUAUAUCACCAUUUUAUGUUGUUUUCAUCCAACACUUCUGAUGUUUAGUAUUUCCUCAUUUAUUUUUUUCUUAAUAUGAAAGUAAGAUGCUGUUAGCUCUCAUUUCUUAUAAAGAAAAAAAAAAUAUUAGUACAUUGUAAGCAUUGUAUCUAGUCAUUCACACUUAACUUUAUUUGAUAUGUAAUUUUUAAGAUAUGCCAUCAUGGUGUAAUUCAUAUUUUGUGUUGUGUAUAAGCAUCUCAUUGUACAUAGUGGCAUUUCCUCCACAAGGUGUCCAGGGUUUGUGAUGGAUAUCUUGACAUGUGAAUUAGUAGUGUACUCCAUUCGUAUCAUUCACAAACAUACAAACUCUAGAAUCUGUUUCAUUCUCCUUCAUAAACAAACAAAAUCCUUUUCUUUCUUUCUUUUUUUUUUUUUUUUAGACAUUCCAGUUUUAAAACAAUCUAAUAAGACACUCGAUGGUCAUGUGCAAUACUUUAUUUGUAGUUUUACAAUCUUUUCAUACAUAGCAAAUGCAUUGUAGAAUUUUUGUUCAGUGCUGGAUAAAGGGAAAGAAAUUUUUGAUCUCAUUCUUUUUUUGUACUUGCUUGGUCUUUGCAUUGCAUUAAGUAUAUUUUAGAAUAUCAAGUCAUGUAGCAUUUAUAAAGCUCUCAUGAAGACAGAAUUUUAUUUGUUUUUGAUAAGGUGUAUAUUUAGCUUGGAUUCAGAUCAUUUAAGAUUGGCAGAUCUUAAGAUUUGCCUGUGAAUUUUCUAUAGAAUUGUUUUUUUUAAUAUGCUGUUUUCUCUAGAGAUAUUUUAUACGAGUCUGUUUUUAACUUGGAUUUUUCAUGGGUCAAAGGUUUUGUGAAAGUGAUUUGUGCAUCACAGAAAUUUGUUAAUUUUUACUUCACUGUUAAAUGUACAAUAUUUGUACAUUAGGAAAUAUUUUUAGAUCCAAUUUUUGGAUAAAUUUUAUUCUCUUUGUUUCAGUCAUUUUGAUCAAAUUUGGUAAUAGUUGUGCAUCAGGGAUACAAAUCAAAUGGGAAAUCUGGAAAAUAAUACACUAGUUCUUCACCAUGCGAAUUGGUCCAUGUUUAGUUGUUCCAGCAACUGUAUGCUUCGUAGUCUCUGCAGAACUAACAAUCACUACAGCUAUAGUAACUCAAUGAAGGGUGUUGCCAUGAAAUAACCCUUAAAUAUUUAAGGUUCUUCAGGACGUGAAAUUUUAUUUUAAAUCCAAUCAUAUGUGACCCAAUUAGUUUUUAUUUCUAAGAAUGUGACCAAAAAUCAUGCUUGUGCCAUAUUUCUUCUAAAAUCAUGGUUUGACACCAUGUCUUGAAAAUUGGCUUCAUCCAAACAACAGCGAAAUUAAGGUUUAAAUUGUCUCAGGUUGCACGUUUUGGGUUAAUUAUGAAGUCUGAAUUUAUAUACAUUGUCACAAAGCAAGCAUUAUGCUUAGCUUUAAUUAGAUACAUGUAUAUAAUUAUUAGAAAUGAGUAAAAAGAAGGUCUAUACUGUCUGUAUCUCCAUGGUAAAUUUCAACUCGCCCACUCAGUAUUUUAAAGAGUGGCUGUUGUACUGCAAAAGUCUGACGUCAGUUAAAGCCUCGAUGAGAGUGGAUUUGUUUGUUACUAUAGUAAUAGUUUGUUAUUGUGCUUGUAAUUUAUGGUGUUCCUUUAUUUGAUGUUAACAUAUGGCAGAGUUUUCCGGAAUCAAUUAUAUUUAUAGCAAAAGUAUUGUAGUUCAUAUUCAUAUCAUCAUGCCUUACAUUUGUUGUUUUUUCCUUCAAGUUUUGAUGGAAAUAUAAUUAAGUUGAACAAGAAUUGUGUUGUCUUUUAUUUUAUUCAGACUAUUGUCAAUAAUGAAUAUUUACAUUUCUAA